GAAACUCCCAAGAGAAGAACAUAGUCGACGGAACCUUUCUAUUUACCUUUGUGAACACGAACUUAUUUUGACGGAGCACACAGUUGAAGAAUCAUGUCUUUCUCCACAAAAUUAUCUUCAAUACUCUGAACACGACCAAAGGGUGUGUAUUAAGGAGUUUGUCUCCAAGGAUGGCGACUCCCACCCCGACUGCCGAUGUUCGUCCAGAAGUGUCCCAGUGUUUCCAGAGCCUCACUUUGUCAGCCCCGAAACAAGACGCUAUCCGUGCCCUUCAAACCCUCAACUCUUACUUGGACCAAGCACCAGACAACCCGAGCGCUUCGGCCCAAAAGGAGAAUUUCUGCAGGUCUCAUUUCACUCGCACCCUUCAGCUCCUGGUGAAGAACGCUCAAGCCGACUGGCUGCACGGCCUGACUGGGGCGCAGCGUUCGGAAUUAUGGGAUGGGCUCUUCUUGCGGGGACCUCCCGAACAGGCCCUGCUGGUGCUGAUGGAGGGAAUCGGGGCGUUAAGACCAGGUUCAAAUCUGGACCACUUGGUCAGCAUCACAGAGAGGUUCAUCAAGAGCGGUCGCGUGGCUGAACUGCUGUGGUCUUACUGUCCGGCCGCGGGUCCCGCCGACUCCCCCCAAAUCCGAGAGGCCCUCCUGUCGCGUAUCGUGGCUCUCCCCGACCUCACCGCCAAUAAACUGCAGCACGAAAACAAAUCAGCCUUCCUUCCGCAGCACUACUACCCUCUGUUGGCUAAAGAGAUCCUCACCGCCUUGGAGCGGACAUGCAAGGCGCUCAAAGAUGGCAUGAGCUGUUCCUUGACUUUUUUGGCUCAGACACUCGGGAAACUCUGUGCCCAAGGACAUAGUGGUUUGUUGCUGACAGUGAUGAUUCCCAAAAUGUCCAGCGCCACCCGCACCGACAUGGUGUGGCAGAGGGUUUGCCGGAAGCUGCUGGAAGACGUUCCCCAGCGCUGGAUGGAGAGCGUGCUCGCCGGCCUGGUGCGGGCCGUCCGCGGGCCCGAUGCUUUGGCGAGAAUCAUGGGGAAUCUUGUGCUCACAAAUAAGACGGCCCACUUUGUCAUCACGCACAAACUCCUGCUGCUGCAAUACAAAUUUGACGCUCGCACGUUGAGAGUGAUUCUGGGUUACCUCGCUGCAGACAAGGACAGAAGACCGCUGCUCAUCCAAGUGUUAAGGUCGGUGUCCCAAGCAUGGGCCAACCCCAGCGCAGUGAAGCACACCCCCCUGGAACAGCAGCUGUACGUCAGCAAGGCCUUGGUGCUGUGUGUCGGUCUGCUGGAGGACGCCGAGCUGCAAGAGCUCCGUUCAGAGUUGCUGCAGUGCAUGUUGGGAGGCAUGCAGAGCCACCUGGAUAGCAACGUGGUGCGCAUCAGGCAUAUGGGCAUGGUCGUGGGAGAGUGUCUGAGCUCCCGCAUGAAUAUCGACGGAACCAAGCUCCAAUUUGAGUUUGAGCAAGAUGAGGAGACUCGAGAGCUGGUUUCUCUUAUGACUCCUAUAAACAUUGACGAAUCAGAACCUGAAGCAGAUGAGGUCAGCCCCCCUCAAGAGAACAGAGAAAAUCCACCAUCUUGCAAAAAUUCAUCACCAAAUGAAGAAGAAACUACAUCGUCCAAAAAUGAGCCAGACUCUGACCUGGAUAGUGACGAUGAGUUCACGCCUUAUGACAUGUCCGGAGAUCAGGAAAUAAACAAGGCGGCACCACCACGCUACCUCCGAGAUUGUCUGGAAAAUUUAAUAUCCUCCGAAGACCCUGAGCACGUGGCGCUCAGCUUGACGGUAGCCGAGAGUCUGGUGAGAAAGAACGUCUUCGCAGCCAAAGAGAUCAGUGUCCAGCUCACCAAAGUUCUGCUUCACAUGGAGGAUAAAUACAACAUAAAUGGCUUCCUGGCCCUAAGGCAGGCCACCAUGGUAGCGAUUGUUGUCACUGACUGCAUCCCGGUGACCGAGUACCUGACUACGGAGUUCUACUCCUUAAACUACAGCCUUCGCCAGCGCUUGGAUAUUUUAGAGGUCCUUGCUGUGGCAGCGCAGGAGCUGUCGAAGCCGACCCUGGGGAACGCGGGUCUGAUUGCGGCCACAGAUGUAACGCCGUACUCGGCUUGCAACUCUACUCACUGGCAGCAGGUUGUCGAGAAGCGCAUUCAGGCGAAGACGAAGCGCAUCAGUAAGGGCGCCGUUCAGCCUCCAGCAAAGGCCACAGCCAACCGCUACGCACCAGUCGCUGGAUAUUUCUUCUUUCCUCUCCUCAGGAAUUACGACAAGCCUCAGGUGACCUUUGACCUGAUGGGAAGUGACCACCUGGUCUUGGGCAGGUUAAUCCACACCUUGGGCGUCUUCAUGCAUUUGGCAGUGAAUGCGCCGAUUGCUGCACAGAUGGGUCGCGCUCUGCUGGACUUCGUGUGGACAGUCCGCUACCACACUGACCAGGUAGUAAGACGAGGCGUCCUGUUUUCCGUCUGCGCUGUUUUUAUGAGCAUGCCCGGUCAGAACCUGCUGGUGGACCUUGCAGACCAGCUUUUUGAAACCAGAUCUUGGCUGGCAGACGUGGCCGAGGGCGACCUGCACGCGGAUUGCCGGAGUUUGGCCGUGCAGUGCCUGGUGGUGAUGGACAAGAGCCUGAAGAAAGAGCUCCAAAGUCCACAAGCCCUCGACGGAGAAUCGUGAUGACCAACAACGACAACAACAAAACAAAGUGCACCGGGUCAAAGUGACCAAUUUGUCCUCAACAAGAACUGCAGGUGUUGAUGAUGAUCAAGGAAGCGGAUGACACCAAAUACUGACCAAAGUCCCUGAGAGCGGGGAUGACUCUCCCGCCCCCCUUCCUGGAACAUGAGAUCAAGAAAACGAAAAAGAAAGCACAUCUUUAUCCCAUGGCUUUGCAUCUUAAAAGUACACACAUACUAUAUAUCAUUUUUACAUCUAAUUUUCAUUCAAACUUCAAGUUACGGUAAAACCAGAUAGAAUGUGGCGAAAAAGGAGAAUAUUAUUUCAUUUUAUUGGUUGAUUUUGUGUGAAGAGGAUAUCCUUUAUAUAGUACAGGUAUGUCCUUUGCUCUCUUUCCUGUACAAACACAUCUCACUAUUGGGCUUGUUUGUGCGCAAAGGACAUCCUGUGAAUAUUUAUGUAAAUCACAAAGUCAUCCACAGUGGAAAAACAAAUUGCGCUUUCUCCUGUGAUAUGAAUGGACAGUUUCACAUCAUGACUUCUUUUGUGGUAUCUCAUUACAUUUUUUUUUAACUCAA